UAGUCAUAGUUUUCAAAACAUUGCUAUUUUGGCCGGAGGGUUUUUUUGCAUUGAGGAAAUUAUACACUAAUCAAUCCGAGAUUACAGGACUAAAAAUGCAAUGGGAAGCUAUAGCGAGCUUAUAAUGGUUACCAACAGAAACGAGUUGAGGUCAUUUUAAACAGGCAAAGGAACAAAUAUGCGUAGUCGUGGAUCCUCGCGUGUGUCGCACAAAUUUAACUGGCAUCUUAAAGUAACUCAAUUCACCUGCCGCCGUUUUAAACUGAAAAGCUUGAACGUCGCAUAAUGAUUUCUUUUUUGAGAAUUCGUUUUCGAAUUCCCAGAAACCUUUUUUAUUGUUUUUGAUCGAUUGCUUUGGCAAUAAACCACUUCUGCAGUGCAAUCUCACGAUUCGGGAAGCAAUACAACUUAAAAAAGUCAAAUUUUAUUAAAACAAGGCUAAUAAUUACCGAAUUUGUGUAUUAAAAUCACUUACUGCUUUUGGAAAUUUCGGCUGUUGGUAACGCAAUCGUAUCUUGUACAAAUAAUCUGUUUACAAGUCAUUGAAUUCUUUUACAGGGAAAGGAUAUGCACUGAGAAUAUUUUGUCCACUGAAACCUCGAUUUGGCGACUCGGCUUGUCUUUGUAGUCGCCCCUGAUCAUUUUGAUCGAACUUUACUUUUGAUAGCUACUUGUUAUGCUCAUGGAUCUGACUAGAGCGAUUAUUAAAGUAGUGUUUCUACUUCACCUGUUAUUUAGAGGACGAUCAGGUUCAUCUUUACAUUAUGAUUGAUGAAUUGAGAUGUGUUUUCAAUUUGCCACAGAGACUAUGAAGGACUGCUUUCAACAACUGUCACUGGGAAAGUUGUCGAUAUUGGAAAGCUAGUGAUAUUGGAUAUGAAAGAGAGAAUUUCAAUUCUCAUCAAAUGCACAAUUACUGCAGAAGAGUUAACAAUAAACGAUUACCAUGGUGUUAUGUUGAUGAGAACAAAUUGGGAAUUUUGUUUCCAUUUUCAUGUAACCAUUACUUCAAAUACAAUAGAGGGUUACUGAAUGACCUUUGUGAGAAAGACGGAUAUUAUGAAUUCCAAGGAAAGUGCUACACAGUUUUGUAUAACCCUGUCAAUACAAGAGGAGAAGCGAAGAAGGCAUGUGGAAAACAUUCUGGAGAACUGUUGAGUCUUUAUUCGGAGGAAGAAGCUACAUUUGUUGCUUCGUUGACAUGUUUACCCAAAUUGGUGUCUGCUAAAUAUAGAAAUGGUAUCCGAAGUUGGUCAUCAAAAAAUGCAACAUGGGGAAUGAAAGAUGUGAAUGAUUAUGCAUGGUGUCAAGGUUAUGAUUACGUAGGUCGUAAUGGAAAUUGUACAUCUUUGGAGGGGUUGAAUUGUUUGGCCAAAGUACCCUGUGUUAAUCUUCGAAAGAAAUAUCAUCCAGCAUGUGAAUAUACUCCAAAACACACUGAAGUUUUAGAUUCACUCCCAUCUAUAACAUGGGGGAAGGCUGAAAAACAGUGUGAAUUAGAUGGACAACAAUUGUGCAGUUUUGAAGAUUUAUGCAAUCUUCCAACUAUUGACAAACUAAAUAUGAGCACUUAUAAAUCAUAUAUGUUGCCUUUGUCUGGAUCUCAUUGGAUUCCAAUUGCUGAUGAAUACAAUGAAUGGUUAUUUGUUGGCAACAAUGAUCGGAGGUUUGUUUGUGCAAAGCAUAAUAUGUACUAUGGGCCACCGAUCUGGGGAAUAAACACUGCAAUAUGUUCAAAUACCAACAUUACGAAAUAUUCGCAAUAUUGCUCAUCAAUUGGAAAAUUCAUGUGUUGUGAUAAGAACAAAUCGGAACUGAAAACUAUGGUUGAGCCAGUAAAUGUAUUUGUGCAAAGCAGAACAGAAAGUGGCGUCAAUUACUAUCAUUUUUCGCUGGAAGAAAACAGGACAAUUGCUGAUGUUGAAAAUGAUCAGGCUGAAUGGAGAAAAUAUGGUAGAAUUCCUGGAGAUUUGAGGUCAUUUAAACUACUGCCAGCUUAUUCAAAAGGUUUUGCUGAAGAUCCAGUAUAUUUCUGUGUGAAGAAUAUGAAAAUAAAAAAUAAAAUCCCGUCCACGCAUCACCUAAUAUCUUUGACGCCAUGUGAUCACCCAUGGAAACUGAAUUUUUACUUUUACGCAAUAAAACAUAUACCAUCGAAUUCAAUCAAUAAAUUCAACAAGUUCUUGGUCACAACACAAAUGAAUGGUGACUCAGAGCAUAGCAGAGUUUCAUUUCAAAUAAAUGAUACAACUCUAGAAUCAGAUCUUGAUUCCUUCAUUGUUUUUACACCAAAAGCGUUGGAUGCAUUUUCUUUUGCACAGCCUCCAAUCAAUCCAUGCACUACUUUGGAAAGAAUAAGAGAUCCAGUGGGCGUUAUCAGCUCUCCCAAUUUUCCUGACAAUUACCCAAAGACUGACCCACCUAUCGAGUGCCACUGGAGAAUAGUUGCAGAUUUUAAAUGUUUGAUAAAAAUCAAAUUCAAAAAAUUGAAGUUGAACGAAAAGAAAUCUCAUAUAUAUUAUACAAAUGUUAAUAAAUAUGAACGAUUUCGCUUGACUAAUGUUGGUAGCAUUUAUAAUCACAAUCAAGAGUGUCCAAAAGAUAGAGUUGAGAUCAGAGAACCGAAUGGCCGACGUAACAAUCCAACAUGGGUAGAUUAUGGACAAUUUUGUGGAGAAUUUACACCACGUCCUUUUAUAACAACAAACAACACAGUCUCUAUAAGAUUUCAUGGAUCAAGCAAGGGAAGGACAAAUGGAUUCUCAUUAACUUUUGAAACAGUUGCUCCACCUCAAGGUUUAAUAAUAAAAAACAUUGAUAAAAAAGAACGAGCAAAAUUAACAUGGAAAUAUGCAAAGAAUAUCUGCAGAAAUGAGGCUAAAUAUCUGUGUACUUUGAAAGAUAUUUGUGGACUUGGAAGACCAUUUUAUGGGGUGGAAAAGGGGGAUCAAUGGACUCCUGUAAUAGAAGAAUACAAUGAAUGGGUCCAGAUUGGUCAAGAAAAGGGCCAAACAUGUCAAAGGCACAAUAUUUUGAAUGGUCCACCAGAGUGGGGAACAUUAGAAGGUAAUUGUGGCAAUAAUGCUUGCUCGUUCAAAAAGGUUGUGUAUUGCUGCAAUCAAAGGAUUCCUGGACCAUCGGAGAUUUUAACAGGAGAAAUGUUGCCUGUAGCUGAAGAAAUCAUGAUCAAUGUUUAUACAACAGUGCAAAAUGGAAGAACAUUUUAUAGAUAUAUUCGUGAUCAAAUAGACACUAUAAAUGAAACAUCAAUUUGGAGAUUCCGAAGGAAGCAUGUUGGGGAUGUUGCAAGAAUCAUGUUUUACUCCAAUUAUAAAUAUAAGUUUGACAAAGUUGUGUAUUUUUGCUCCAAAGCAUUGAUUCUUGCAAUCGGACAAUUACGUACUGUCUAUCGAAUGUCUGCACAGCCAUGUCAUUUGGAUGGUUGGGAUCUCUCAUUUUAUCUGUAUGCUUCAGACUCGCAUCAUGUUGGGGAUGAUACUAAGAAAAUUUAUGUUGGAAUAUCAACACUUCAACCAUAUUAUUCAAGAGCUCAUUUUUCUCAUUUUCCACCAAUGUUCAUGGGAAUCAAAAGUUUUAUAAUUUAUGCUAAAUCCCCUGACUUCAUUCCCGAAGAAAUGGGAGAAAAUGCUGAUAUUACUGAAGAAUUUGUUGAUAAAUGUUCACCUGACAUGAUUGAUAUAUUAGCUCCAAGUAUUCUUGUAUCUCCUGGAUAUCCAAAACAAUAUAUACCAUUAGCAAAUUGUAAAUGGAGAAUCAGGCUUUCUGAUAAAGAUAUAGAACGUGGUGUCAAACUGAGAAUGACAAUAGAAGAAUUACAUUUGGAAAAUGAUAUGGAUGAGCUUCGUGUAUACGAAGCUCCUUUACAUUCUAAUUUCGAAGAUUUAUCAUAUUCAGAUGGUUCAUCUUACUCGGGAAACGUGAGGCACGUUACACGUGCUACAAAUGAAACAUUUAUUCUCCAUUUUACAUCUGAUUGGUCAAUUGAGAAACAAGGUUUUAAAAUAUUGAUAGAAAUUUUGAAUGACAAAUGUGGUGGCAAUAUUACAGAUCAUGGAGCAACUGUAAUAAGUGAAAAUUAUCCCAAAAAAUACAAAGGUGGAUUAAACUGUGAGUGGAUAAUAAAAGCUCCAAAUUCUGGAUAUGGAAUCGAUGUACAAUUUGGAAAAUUUGAGCUUAAAGACUCAGAAAAUUGCAGUGAUGAUUAUGUUACCGUAGGCCCUGAUUAUGACACUGAAAGGUUUAAAUAUUGUGGGGUCAAAGAUCAUCCACCAAGAGAACAAUUUAAUGAAACUACAGUUAUACUGAAGUUCGUUUCUGCAAAAGGAAAACCUAGCGGUCAAAAAGGAUUUAUGUUUAACAUUUUCUUCUGGCCUCUUGGCAAUUCUUAUCGUACUGAUCAACAAAGUGGACUUUGUGGGUCCCAGAAAAUCCAGCCAUGGAAUGGUGGCAAAGAAGCAGCUACUGAUCGUAUUGUAGGGGGAUUGGAAUCUGUACCAGGAAGCUGGCCAUGGGUUGUGUUUUUACAGGAAGCAACUUGUGGAGGGACACUGAUAGGCAAAAGAUGGGUUAUCACGGCAGCGCACUGUCUCGUUCAGCGUAAAUUAUCAGAUGGAAGUUUUAAAUUAAAAUUGAAUAUAUCAGAAUACUCUGUUAUAGCUGGUCGUCACCAUAGUACAGCGAAGUCUUAUGGUGAACAGGUGUUUGAAGUUAAAAAUAUAAUCAUUCAUCCAAAGUAUAAUCGAGUCAGGCAGGGCAAUGCAGGUAAAACUGUAGAGUAUGGUGUCCCCAUCCAUGAUCUGGCAUUGAUGAAACUUAAGCAAACAGCAAGGUUUACAGAUACUGUUUCACCAAUUUGUUUACCAACACAGGAUGUGGUUGUUGGUGAAACAUGUGUUAUUGCUGGAUGGGGAAGUAAGGAAGUUCUUGCAACAUUAUUUGAAAGAGACAAAGAAACAUUAUAUUAUGCUCAUGUGUAUAUUCUUGCAAACUCACUUUGUAACAGUUAUGAAGCCUUAAAAAAUAGUUUGAGUGAUAGCAUGAUGUGUGCAGGUUACCCAGGUGGAGGAGUGGAUUCUUGUAGAGGAGAUUCUGGUGGUCCAUUGAUGUGCAAAGUACCAGGAAAGGGUUAUCAAAUCAAGGGUGUGGUUAGUUGGGGUCGCGGUUGUGGAAAAUCCAAUCAGCCUGGAAUUUAUACACGAGUGUGGCAUUACUAUGAAUGGAUAAACACGAUUAUUCACACUUAAUGAUUCAUUUCCAUCUUGUUUUAGUGAGAUUUCGGGCAGCAGUAAAAUCAUUGUUAUUGUUAGUUAUCCAUUUUCAUCUACACAAGCCAUUUCAUGAAUGAAUGUAAAAAAAAUGUAAAUCUUAUGCA